UUACGUCAGAUUGCUUUGCCUUGCUUAUCACUUUAAAUCUAUUUUCGGUUUUCCUGCAACUUUUGCUUCAAAAUUUAUCGUUUUCUUAAAAAUGUCUAAAGGCACAGGACCCUUGUCCAAGCUGUACAAUAUUACCAUCAGUGCCAUUGAUAAAAUUGUUCCAACCGCAGUCCAGCCAUUUUGGGAAUCUCCAGCAGGACCCCGCACUGUGUUUUUUUGGGCUCCAUUGUUUAAAUGGGGCUUAGUGCUGGCUGGACUAAGCGAUACGCUUAGUCGUCCUGCUGCCAAUAUUUCGGUAAAUCAGUGCGCCACCUUGGCGGCCACGGGCUUGAUUUGGUCUCGUUAUUCAGUGGUUAUAACACCUAAGAACUACAAUCUUGUGGCCGUCAACAUGGCCGUCUUCGUCAUCCAAAGUUAUCUAGUGUUCAAGCACCUGAGAUGGCGCAGCGAGAAUUCUCGGAAUGCGGUGUUCAAUCAUUCGAACUACUCAAUCAAAUCGGAGGAUGAUUGGUAGCAAGACAAACAAUUUAUUGAAAGUUGGCGUUGUUUGAAAUCAUCUGAAAUGGUAUUAAUGGUAUUAACCCAAAAGCAAAGGGUCUGGGAACAUUUUACUUUAAUUAUUCAGAGUCUUUGUACACUGAAAAACGACUUGUGUAGUUAAUUUAAUAAGAAAAGACCAUUUAACUUUCAA